AUGCGCCGGUGCUGCCGGCCGUGCGGGGGGGAGAAAGGGGCGGGUCCUGAGGGCGAGGGCGCUGUCCCCGGGCGGGCGGGGCCGCGCACCAGCCCAGUCGGUGCCUCCCCCCCGGCGGCCGCGUCCCGCCCCUCGGGCCGGCGGGGCGCUGAGCGGUGUCUGUGUGCGCAGGUGAGCCCGGUGCGGAUGCGGCGGCCGGGCGAGGCGCAGCGCCGAGGUCCCCGGCAGGUGCCGGAGAACGAGCCUGGGGCGGGAGACAUGGAGUCCGGCGGGGAUCUGCCGGCGGAUCGGCCCUCGGCCCUUCGGAGUGGGAUGGAGGAACCUGAGAAGGAGGCAGAUGAUGAGGGAGGGAAGGCUGCCUGGCAGCAGAGCCUGAAUCCCGAGCUGCAGCAGGGGUACCGCAUCCUGCGCGAGUUCCUGCUGGAGAAGUACCGGCCUCUGACGGCGCCGUUCCUGAAGCCCCUCGCGGAUCAGGCAUUUUUCGGGGAAGAAGGCUCUGGCUCCCUCUUGGGCCGUAAGAGCAGCCAGUCCUUGCAGCAGUUGCCCGCUGAAAUAUGGCUAUUGAAAAUGGAAGAGAAAUUUUCCAGUGGGCAGUACACAGGGAUAGCAGAUUUCGUGUGUGACUUCCGGCUCAUGCUGGAGACUUGCUAUCGGCUGCACGGUGUGGAUCACUGGCUCUCCAAACAGGCCCAGAAGCUGGAGAUGAUGUUGGAACAGAAGUUGGCUCUGCUAUCCCGGCAUUUAAGAGAGAAAACAUCAUUAGCUGUAACAUCUAGAGGAUGCUAUGGGCAGGAGGAUGAAAAAACAACAGCAUGCAUUUCUACAAGACGUCGUUCAACGCCUCGCAAUUUAGUAGGUUUGUCAACAGGCAUGUUUGAGUCUGUGAUGGUUCAAGUUCUAAGACAAGAGGAGCAACUGAGAGCAAAAGAGGAAAAGAGGCAGAGAGAUCAAGAAAGAAAAGAAGCUGAAGAAGCUAGUCAGAAAGAAAUAGAAGAAUGGGAAAAAUCACUUUUAGCUCAAGCAGCACCUACAAGGAUGGAGACAAUGUGGGAGAUUCCAGCUAUUGGUCACUUUCUUUGCUUGGCCCAACAUAUUUUAAAUUUACCUGAAAUAGUAUUCUAUGAAUUGGAACGUUGUCUUCUGAUGCCUCAGUGUAAUGUUUUUUUAUCUAAAAUAAUGACUUCUUUGUUAAGUCCUCCUCAUCGCAGACCUACAUUACAUCGCAGGCCUACAUUUUCCUACAGGACUUGGGAAGCAGCGCUCAGGAAGAAAGUGCAACACUGGUAUACUGUUGUGGGGCAGACUGACAAUCCUAAUGGUGCUGCAGAAAAACUUGGAUUGUGUCCCCAGUUUUUCAAAGUUCUCGGAGAAGUUAAUCCCUUGGAGGAAAAACCAUUUCAUGAGCUGCCAUUCUAUCAAAAAGUAUGGCUGCUAAAAGGUCUCUGUGACUUCGUAUAUGAAACACAAAAGGAUGUUCAGGAUGCAGUGCUAGGUCAACCUAUCCAUGAGUGCAGAGAAGUAAUUCUUGGUUAUGACUGCUUGGAAAAUGCUUAUGUUCACUUUCCACAGUUCUGUGGUGCAGAUGUUCGAAUUUACAAACAAAAACCUUUUCGGGCUCCUGAAUUCCCAUCUCUUCCCAUCAAAGUUAAAAAAGUGCCACGUAUUAAAUCGGAAAGAGUAAAACAUGAAUAUGGAAGCAAAAGCAAUGGGGAGGUCAGUUCUGCUGGGAGAGAGCUGCUGUGUCAUUCCAAGACAGAAGGAGAGAAAAGUAGGGACAUUGUUAUCUGUCCAGAAAAAAGAACACGUUUAGGUAGCUUUAGAGUCACUACAGAGGAAAUGAAGGUUGACUGUGAAAUAAAAGUCUCAAGAGUUUGUGACAUCAAAAAAUCUUGUUGUUAUAAAGAGAACUUAAGGAAUUUGAUGACUUCAGGAGAGAUUGUGGAUAUGGGUGGUCACCCAAGUUCAGAAGAAAUAACAGAUGUGGAGAAUGGACAAGGUUGCGCUGAAAUGGCCAGAGUAAGAUCUGAGCUGAGUCCAUUCAAGGUGAACACACUGCAAGCUUGCCAAAUGCAUAUCAAUGGCACUUAUAAUGAAAACCAAGGCAGAAAUUACCAUGAAUCUGCUGAAGAAACGGUGCUAGAGACCUUACUGCAAAAUGAUAAGAAACUAAAUAAAAUGCUGGCAAAAAAGAAGAAAAAGAAAAAAAAAAAGUUGAAGGAUAUUCUAAAUGAAAAUCUACAGAGAAAAUUUGAUGACUUGCAAAGAAAGCGUGAGAUUCAUCUUCACCCAUUCAAAUCUUAUAAGUCUGAGAUCCAGAACAAGUUGUUUUUAAUUAAAAAGAAAGCAAAACAUAAGAAGCACAAGUCCGAUCUAGAUUCUUCAAGCCCUGUGCCUUGUCCCGUAAGUGUGUUUAUUUCAGAGUCAGGAAAAAAAUCGUUAUCUAAAAAAGCAAUCACAAAGAAGAGGAAAGGUGUCAGAAAGUCUACCAUACCAGAAUUUCAGCUUAUUUGCACUAAUCUUGAUGAACUCAGGGAGUUAAUCACAAAGAUUGAGAAUGAACUCAAAGAUCUGGAGGACAUUAAAAAGAAAUCGGGAAGAUGGUUCCACCGGAAGCAAGCAGUAAAGGAAUUGCAUGGUACAUUGUUACGACUGCUUAAUGAACUGUUACCAUGGGAACCAAAGCUAAUUAAAGCAUUUCAAAGAAACAGGUCUAGAUUGAAGAAGGACUAUGAUGACUUUAAAAGACAUCCAGACCAUGAUAAAUUUACCAGAGAAUUGUGGAGUAAUGAUGAAAGUGAAGUUGAUUCUGGCAAAGAAUCUUUUGCGGUAGUAUGCGGUAAAUCAUCAGAGUCUGCAGAACAUAUAGAAGUUCCCAAAAAAGAUCUCUCAGACAAUGAUGAAAUGAAACUAUUAGAGAUGAAUUUACCUGCAGGAAAAAACAGAAUUCUGAAAAAAGAAUCAGCUUCUAAAGAGAUACAGAAGACACUGCCUAAAUGCAUUAAACGACAGUUCAAGCAAAAUAGUUGUCUGGAUCAAAGCACUAAUGAACUUUCUCCAAGGAAGAAAGUUAAACUGAGCACUAAUGAGGCUGUGGUCCAUAGUCCAGAAAGUAGCCUGCAGUUGGAUAGUUGCUUGACUGAGCUGAAACAAUUUGAAGGGUCAACUCUAGAGUUGCUUUCCUUGACAGAUCCUGCAACAUCAGUAUCAAACUUUCUGAAAGGGACCAAACCUAUCCAGGCCUUGCUUGCCAAGAAUACUGGGAACAAAGUGACCUUAACAAAUCAACUGUUGCCUCCUGCAGGCAUGAACGUAUCUACUUCUGAAAAGUCGGUUUUACCACCUUUGGAAUCAUCACUGAUCAAACCAGCAUUGCCCUGCCAGGCCAGUUCAAAGACUGCUUUACAAAUGGUAUACAAAAUGCCAAAUGGCCACUGUGUACCAAUAGAUGUUCCCAACAGCUCAGUGAAAAUUCAAAUGCAAGCUAUGAUUGACCCUAAAAAUGGAGAAAAAGUCAUGCAACAAGUUCUUAUUUUACCUAAGAAUUUUCUUCUUCAGGAGAAGGAGGAAAAAAUUGUGUCCAAGGAUAUUCAGUCACUACAACAAAAGUCAUUUGAGAUGUACUGUACAUCUUUACCAAAAAUGCCAAACGUCAGUGUUUCUUUAACACCUGUUCUGGUGACAAGCCCUGCAAAUGACACUCAGUCACCCACUACGUUUUUUAGCAAGAAUACUACCCACUCAUCACAAGUGACUGGUCCCAUGAACACUACACAACCAUUGUCUAGUGUAACUUCAGCAGAUAACUUAUCAAUAAUUAAGAUGAAGACAUUGAAGUUCUGAGUUCUCAUAGCAACAUGGAGGAACUGGGAAUAGAAUCCAUGGUCCCCUGACUCCUUCCAGCAUCCCAUCCAUAACUAAAGAGUUUCCUGCUGAGUCCAAAUUUCAUUGAAGACUGGUCUGUCAGAGAAGCUGUGGGACAAUGAGUGGAUGGCUGGAACAUGCUGCAGUGACAGAACCAGAUUCGCAAGACAACUGGACAGAACUGUCACUUCAAAGCUGUGGCAACAUGCUGAUGUUAAAGCAAAUAAAAAUAUCUGCCUCCCUGCAGAGUA